AUGGUCAGGUUCUGCAACAAGUUGGACAAAUUCAUCCUGGUCCUCUUCUGCAAGCACUCUCAAGCAGCCAGCUACAUGCAAGAGAUUUCCAAUGCGCCAUCUCACUUGGUCCAGUUCAACACUCUCAUGCCAGAGGACUACUUCCUGUCCUUCACCAUGCCAGCCCCAGGUCUCUGGCACAAUGCCAACCAGAAGCCUGUUAAGUAUGGCCAAAAGCCCCAGGAGGCUGGCUCUCUCAAGCCAGGCAAGUACCUCAAUGCCUUUGCACCUGCUCUGCCUCGUUGGCUGCUGUCCUGGCUGGCCACAAUGCCAUCACUGUAG